AUGCCUUCCAUUACCAACAUGGUCACAGCGCUGGUCUAUCUCGCUUCUGCUGCAAGUGCCCUUCCCGUCAAUGUAGCUCGCCAACAGACCAACGAAUGCGCGACUGGCACGUGGUACUACUCUUGUGACACCAACGUCGGCUGUUUCGACCAUGAUCCUUGUACCAAACCUACUCCCGUUUCUGGCAGAACUCCCAAAAAGGUCAAGGGCAAACCCACUGCUACAGAAGCAUCUUCCUCGGUCAAGACCAUCGUCCCUGCUACGUUGUACGACAUUUACCCCGAGAAUCCCGAUGAAUCUAGUGGCCCUGUCAACGGCGUCCAUCUCGAGACUUGGAAGGACAAGUCUCAGGUUGAGCAAGUGAUCGUUUUCAAGGACAUCCCAGCGGGCGCAAAGAACUGUGAUCUGUCUUGGCGUCAGGGACCUCGCUACUCUCGAAGGUUCUUCGUCAAGAACAGCGAUGCACAAGCUGAUGCACGGCUUCUAUCUGGUCUCCCCGAGAACGAUGUAACAUACAACUCCGUCAAGCCCUUCGACGAUCAGAAAUCCAUUGGCGUCCCUAACUUCUCGUUCUGGGAUGACCGCAAGGAAGACAUCCAUCUUGUAGGGAGUGUCGACUGUGCUGAGACUGUUGCCUUCAUCGUUGGACUCCGAAAUCCCAAGGGCGAUUCACAGGCCUACCUUGAGCAAGACGACCAUGAAAACGGCUGGACUCUUACAUACCACUAG